UUUAUUUGCAUCAGAAGUCAUGAAACCAGUAUCUCAAGUUAUAUUAAUUCAGAAUCGCAAUGGAACUUCAUGGACCGUUUCCGAUGCAGCUGUAGUGGUGAUCUCGUCAAUAUUCCAAAGGCGAAAACCUUCAUUACGAUGAAAGUCGUUUACGAUUGA